AUGGAAGUGAGAGCUUACACCAGAGUGGGGGAUGGUGUUUCAAGCAGACCUGUCUUCUGUAGAACACAGGAGGAUGUCCCUGAUAAGCCUGAAGACAUUAAAGCACUGGCUGCUAAUGCAAAAACAUUGCUGAUUUCUUGGAAAAAGCCAAAAUCUCCAAAUGGAAUAAUAAAAAGAUACAAUUUGUACAUGAGGUCCCUGGAUGGUGCACAUCUGUUGAAAGAAGAAUAUGAAAUACCUCCAAGCCAGACACACUACUUUGUGUCACAUCUUGUUCCACAUCAUCGAUAUGAAUUCUGGGUGACUGCAGCCACAAUGGUUGGGGAGAGCCAACCCAGUCUGCAUGUGAUACAGGCACCAUCAGAGCAAGUGCCAGCAAAGAUUGCCUCAUUUGGUGACCAUGUGGUGGGUGCCAGAGGGGAAGAACUUGCCCUGCCAUGUCUCACUGUUGGGCUUCCUCAGCCUACAAUAAUAUGGAGGAAGGGGGGGAAAAAUAUCCAGGAAAAUGGUCAGAUUCGCAUCAACACAGAAUGGACUCUUCACAUGAUGUCACUACAAACAACAGAUGCAGGAAAUUAUUCUUGUAGAGUAGAAAACGUACUGGGGACUGAUGAAAUAACAUACAUUGUCACAGUGAAAACCCCACUCGCUCCAGUUGAUUUUAAAGUGUCUUCUGCUACGGAAACCAGCAUGUUACUCCAGUGGACAACACCCAGCAAUAGUAUAUAUGUGCCUGAAGGUUAUAGCUUACAUUUCAAACGAGAAUUUGGUGAAUGGGAAAAAAUGAUCCUGCAUGCUGAAGACAACCACUUUAAUCUAGAGAACCUCCAGUGUGGCUCCAAGUAUCAGCUUUAUAUUCAGGCUUUCAAUCAAGCUGGACACAGCAACCCCACAGAUACUCUGUUUGCUUACACACAAGGAAAAGCUCCAGUUGCUCCAAACAAAGAUGAGUUUUUGGUAAUCAAUUCUACUUUUAUACAUCUGAAUGUAAGGACAUGGGACACUGGAGGAUGUCCCAUAACAACACUGGUAGUAGAAUAUAAACUGAAAUCUGACAAGAAAUGGACACUCGUCACGAAUAAUUUGAAGUACACAGAAGAGAAAUUUUCUAUCCUUGAUCUUAAUCCUGAGACAGAGUAUCAGCUGCGAAUUACUGCACACAAUAGUGCAGGCUCAACUGUAUCCCUGUAUGAUUUCAUAACAUCUUUCAGUGCCGGAGAAAUUGUUCAGCCAGAGCUCAUUCGACAUAGAGGUUAUAGGAAUAAGAAUUUCUAUAAAGAACUUGGCGCCAUAAUUCCCAUCACUGUUGUGGCAUUAACUGGGAUUAUUUGUGGAAUAGGAAUGUUACUGUAUUUUAGACGAAGGAAACAGAAUAACACAGGUGUCAAAUGUGAAGGCAUGAAUGUUCAUGAUACAAAUGCCACACCUGAAAACAAAGGAGAUUACUUGAGUAGCGAGAUCCCACUGGACCAGAAGUCUGGACACUCUUCUGUGAUGCCAGAGAUAACUGCAAAAGUCAACCCAUAUGCCACAUUUAGACUAACAGAUGAAGAGAAAAUGGAUUCCUUGAUACCUGAUUAUGAAAGCUGCAGUGAAUACAUGAAGAUAAAAAAGAAAGUGGAGAGUGAAGCUGAGGAUGUUGACUGGAUACCACUGCACAGUCUUUAUCAGGCUCACAGAUACUGAGUCUCAAACAUUCACAAAUGACAUGAAAUGUUGAGAUGAAAGCUGUUUAAAGACAGGAAACUAAGUGCCUUAUUCUCAUAACUGUUAUGCUGAAGCAUUGAUGUGCAACAGAUAUUUGCAUGUUUUGAAAUACAGAAAUCAUUGACAUGUACUGCUGAUCAAUAUAUUCAUUGUUUACCUUACU